AAAAAACCUUUAGCACCAAACCAGCCUCCACACAGAGACUAAAUGAGUGGGAUCUGAGCGCCAGUGUUGCUUUUUUUCACUUCCUGGAUAAAAAAAAAACCCUCCCCCAAAAAAAAGAAAGGCCAACAUGGGCAACAGCUUCUCCAACAUCGCUGCCUUCCAGUCUCUUCACAUCGUCAUGCUGGGCCUGGACUCCGCGGGGAAGACCACGGUCCUGUACCGGCUCAAAUUCAACGAGUUUGUGAACACGGUUCCCACGAUCGGAUUCAACACGGAGAAGAUCAAGCUGAGCAACGGCACGGCGAAGGGCAUCAGCUGUCACUUCUGGGACGUUGGGGGCCAGGAGAAGCUGCGGCCCCUGUGGAAGUCCUACAGCCGGUGCACCGACGGCAUCAUCUACGUGGUGGACUCCGUGGACGUGGACAGGCUGGAGGAGGCCAAGACGGAGCUGCACAAAGUCACCAAGUUCGCGGAGAACCAGGGCACGCCGCUGCUGGUCAUCGCCAACAAGCAGGACCUGCCCAAGUCGCUGGCGGUGGCGGACAUCGAGAAGCAGCUGGCUCUGCACGAGCUCGCCCCCGCCACCGCGUACCACAUCCAGCCGGCGUGCGCCAUCAUAGGCGAGGGGCUUCACGAGGGCAUGGACAAACUGUACGAGAUGAUCCUGAAGAGGAGAAAGUCCCUGAAGCAGAAGAAGAAGCGGUAACGGCUGCUGGAUUCUGUGGACAGUGGUUUUAUUUUUAUUUUAUUUUUUAAGGAAUUCUCCGGGUUCUGCCAGUGUUGCCCUGCACAGCUUUACUUUGCAGUGAUUUUAAAAAGAAAAGAAAAAUGAUCCUCUGGUUUGGAUUAACAUUGUUCGAUACGGAAGAUGAUUAGCGCCACGUGUGAAAAUGUAUUUGACUUCUGAGUUUCAAGUCAGAAUCUGAUUUCUGUCUUUAAACUUCUGAGAAUUCUGACUUCAAAGUUGGUCAGAAAAUGGUGAAAAAAAGUCAGUGUUUCCCAAAAAAGCCCGAGAUGACAUCCUCAAAUGUCUCAUU